GCGCUAGCAGAUAUAGGGAUCAGUACUGGGCUAUCAGUCGGCUAAUAGACAUCACUAUCUAAUUAAGUUGUAAUUGUGUUAUGAAUUAAGUGUUUAGGUUAUUUGGGACUAUAAUUGGUUUCUAUUUUACAAAUACUUCUCUACACAAAAGAUUUCUCAUAAGAAGUCUUAAGAAUUUUUAGUUGAUACCAGGAGUAACCCAAUCUGGUCCGUGGGCACCGAUAAAAACUCCCUGUCCAUCAAACCACACAAUAAGAACUCCAAAUUUGAUCCCGAAGUCUAUUCGGUCACAUCCGAUGAUAUGAUCGAUGGAAACAACUUCUGGAAUCGAUUUCAAAAAACUUUUGGAGUGUUUUGGUUGACCAAACAGAUCUUACCCAAGGAUGCAGAUAAGGGCAGUAUUAUUAAGACAACACUUCGGGAACUAUUGAUUUAUGUGGCAUUCCUUACCACAAUUACCUAUAUAACGUUUUCAAUGAUGAACCCAACGAUGUACUACCAGACAAAGAUCAUGAGUGACCUGUUCCUGGACAGAGCUGACAGCAGUGGAGUUACAUUCAGAACAGCCUCACAAAUGGAUGACUUCUGGAAAUUUGCUGAGGGGCCACUCAUGGACGGCCUGUAUUGGGAACGUUGGUAUAACAACGACACACUGGUCACCAAGAAUUCAGUUUUGUAUGAAAACUAUUUGUUGGGUUCGCCACGAAUGAGACAAUUGAAGGUGAAGAACGACUCGUGUGAAGUACAUAAGGACUUCCAGAGAGCCAUCUUCUCGUGCUAUAACUUCUACGCCCAGCCCUAUGAGGACAGGGAGACCACCAACGCUAAGAAUGACACCAGUUUUCAGUGGAGAGAGAUUAAGUCAUUCGCCAAGAAUGAUGUCUGGGGCAUUUUGGGCACGUAUUCAGGAGAGGGCGGGUAUAUCGUAGACCUGACCCUAAACAAGACCAAAGCUUUGGCCAAAAUCAAGGACCUGAAGAAAAACUUGUGGAUUGAUAGGGGAACGAGAGCUAUAUUUAUUGACUUUACGACCUAUAACCCGAACAUAAACCUAUAUGUGGUGACAAAACUGAUCGCCGAGUUCCCGGCCACUGGAGGUCUGAUCACUUCGUGGCAGUUCCGUACACUUAAUCUGCUGGAGAACUCGUCGGACGCACCCAUAGCUCUAUACAUAUGCUUCACGCUAUUUGUCGUCUUCAUUGCCUACUAUAUAAUCGAGGAAUUGGUCGAAAUCAAGACAUUGGGCUUUUGGCCAUACUUUCAGAGCUCCGGCUGGAACUUCCUCGACAUCUUCACUAUACUUAUAUCAGUAAUGCUGGUAUUCUUCCUCAUAUACCGCAAGUAUGUCAUCAACAAGAUCUUCAGCGAGGCCUACACGACAAACGGCGACUCCAUGGAGAGUAUGGACACCGAGAGCCUCCAGAAUAGCUCGUCGCUGGCACUCCAGAUCGAGACCUACCAGUUCGACACACUUGGUUUCUGGUCGGCGCAGUUCAGUAAUAUACUGGCCGUCCUGUCGUUCGUGGCGUGGAUUAAGCUCUUCAAGUAUAUCAGCUUUAAUAAGACUAUGUCUCAACUCAGCUCUACUCUCAGUCGAUGCGCUAAAGACAUCGCCGGCUUUGGUGUCAUGUUUUUCAUCGUAUUCUUUGCUUUCGCACAAUUGGGUUAUCUUUUGUUUGGUACUCAAGUCAAGGACUACAGCAGUUUUGGUAAAGCCGUAUUCACUCUUUUGAGACUGAUUUUGGGUGACUUUGAUUUCCAAGCCUUGGAGGCGGCCAACCGAGUGUUGGGCCCCAUCUUCUUCCUCAGCUAUAUAUUUUUCGUGUUCUUCGUUCUGAUGAACAUGUUUUUGGCGAUUAUUAACGACACUUACGCGGAGGUGAAGGCAGAGAUCGGUGACGACACCAACGAAUUCGCGGUUAUGGACUACUUUAAGAGCAUUUCCAACCAAUUGUUGACUAAAUUGGGCGCUCAGAAGGAACAGAUCGAAGGCAUACAACAGGCCAUCAAAGACUCCGGUUUCGAUGGCUCCAAAAACGUGAGUUUCGCAGCCGUUCGCCAGAAGCUAAAGGAACGGGAUCUGAGCGAUCAGGAGAUCGAGAUGUUGUUCUCGAAGUACGACCUAGAUCAGAAUAGAGAGCUCGAUGAACAAGAGUUGAGGGCUAUGUUUGCCGACUUGGAGGGCAAGAAGAAUGAGAUCGAGAAAGAGAUGGCAGAGAAUGAGAACAAACGCCCAGAGAGUAGCCGAAGUGUGCACCGGUAUGGCGGCGGCGGUGGACCCGAUAUGAGUAAACUGACCAAAAGGGUAGACCGAAUGGAGUACACUCUGAGUGUGAUUUCCUCCAAAAUUGACUCCGUUUUGGGCGGAAAAGUGCUUUUGGCCGCAAAACCAGAUGAUGUCAAGACCCGACUCGAUGAGGAAGACCUGGAUAACUGAAUACAUUAAUUGCAACUAAACCUUAUAAACGCAUUUAUAGUUUAGUUAAUAACUUAUAUUUAAACUUAAAAAUAUAUCUAUAAAUAUUCAAAAUAAGUAGUGUUAUUUAUUGGAAAUUU